UCUGUCUGUCCAAGCGUGUGUCCCUCCCGAGCAGCGCUCCCCGCAGCUGCAGUUUUGCAAGAGCCGGGAAAGAAACUUAAGGAUGCUUACACUGCGAGCGUGGAACGGAUUCUGAAGGCCUGGAGAGAGCAGCGCGCGACCCGAUCCCCACCUGUCCCGCCUGGGAGCCUCGCAGGCUGGAGGGAGGCUGGAGAGCGGCGGCGCCCGGCAGCGAGGCGGGCGCUGCCGGCCGGGACUCGGGCAGUGCCCACCAACCCCUCCGCCCCGGGACCGCCAGCAUGAGCAAGCCAGCCGGAUCAACAAGCCGCAUUUUAGAUAUCCCCUGCAAAGUGUGCGGUGACCGCAGCUCCGGGAAACACUACGGCGUCUACGCUUGCGACGGCUGCUCCGGGUUUUUCAAGCGGAGUAUCCGGAGGAACAGGACGUACGUCUGCAAGUCUGGAAACCAGGGAGGCUGCCCGGUAGACAAGACACACAGAAACCAAUGCAGGGCAUGUCGGCUGAAGAAAUGUUUGGAAGUCAACAUGAACAAAGAUGCCGUGCAGCACGAGCGGGGGCCUCGCACGUCCACCAUCCGCAAGCAGGUGGCCCUGUACUUCCGCGGACACAAGGAGGAGAACGGAGCGGCCGCGCACUUCCCCUCGGCCGCGCUGCCCGCUCCCGCCUUCUUCACGGCGGUCACACAGCUGGAGCCGCACGGCCUGGAGCUGGCGGCCGUGUCCACCACCCCCGAGCGGCAGACCCUCGUGAGCCUGGCGCAGCCCACGCCCAAGUAUCCCCAUGAAGUGAAUGGGACUCCCAUGUAUCUCUACGAAGUGGCCACAGAGUCUGUGUGUGAAUCAGCUGCCAGGCUUCUGUUUAUGAGCAUCAAGUGGGCUAAGAGUGUGCCAGCUUUUUCCACACUGUCUUUGCAAGACCAGCUGAUGCUUUUGGAAGAUGCUUGGAGAGAACUGUUUGUUCUAGGAAUAGCACAAUGGGCCAUUCCGGUUGAUGCUAACACUCUACUGGCUGUAUCUGGCAUGAAUGGUGACAACACAGAUUCUCAGAAGCUGAACAAGAUCAUAUCUGAAAUACAGGCUUUACAAGAGGUGGUAGCUCGGUUCAGACAGCUCCGAUUAGACGCUACUGAAUUUGCCUGUCUGAAAUGUAUUGUCACUUUCAAAGCGGUUCCGACACACAGUGGCUCUGAACUGAGAAGCUUCCGGAAUGCUGCAGCCAUUGCAGCUCUUCAAGAUGAGGCUCAGCUAACACUCAACAGCUACAUCCAUACCAGAUAUCCCACUCAACCUUGCCGCUUCGGAAAACUCCUGUUGCUUUUGCCAGCUUUACGUUCUAUUAGCCCAUCCACCAUAGAGGAAGUGUUUUUCAAAAAAACCAUCGGCAAUGUGCCAAUCACGAGACUGCUUUCAGAUAUGUACAAGUCCAGUGAUAUCUAAGCUCUCCAAGCCCCGCCUCUUCAGGAUGGGACAGUGUCAAAUGAACUACGGCUUGUGGAGAACAAGCCUCAACUAACAAACCUUUCAGGAAGUGGAAACCUGCAAAAGUGUGGAACCUUCAGGAAAAAAAAAUACCAACGGACACAAAACAGCUCCAGUAGCUAUGACCUACUGCUCAUCCAAGAUGGGGCAGCCAGGAAGAAAAGGGGUAACA